GAAUGCGCAGCGAUCUAUGGAAAUAGCCUCAUCUGUGUUCUCUUCAGUUUGUAAACACAUUCCUAGUUUGUCAUACCUACCUAUUGUUUAGUGUCGAAACAGUGAUAGACAGUGUAAAUAUAGUGAAUUAGUGAAGAAGUUUGUUAUUAAACUUAUCUAACUUCCUAGUGUGCUAUUAAGCAAAAUGCAACGUAACAUAACAUUAGAAAUGCAGGUUGAAAAUAUUAGUCUCGAGACAGUAUUAAUGGUACAGAAAGACUUUGAUGCCAGCGAAGUGAUCUCUAUAAUUUUCCUUUUAGAUGAAAACCACGGAAGGGCCUUGGAAAAUCUAAUUGCAUUUCAAAGGAUGUCGAAAACUGGAAGCUACUCUGCAAACAUUUUGUUGGAUUGGGCAAUAGAAGCUAGCGAAAGAUUGACAUGGAAAUGGGAGUUCGUUGACGCACUUCUAACAUGUCAAAUCCUUUCUGUUAUUAAGAAAAUAGGUGUCAGUAUACCUGCUUUAAAAAAUCAUUUAUUAUCGUCUCAACGGCGCUACGUACAUCCAAUAAAAAAACACAUUUUCAAAAUCUGUGAAAACAUUGACAGUAUUAUUUACUUAAAACUUAUAAAAAUACUUCGUGAGGAUUACAAAAUAAUUUUGACUGAUCAUGAGAAUUGUGAAAUACUUUUUUUACAGCUUAUGUAUAAAAAGUUUUUUACUAUAUCGUUAGGAAAUUAUUCUAACGUAGACGACAGCGUCGAUAAAAUUGUAAAUGUUUUGGAUCAAAUACAGACAUUGCGGGAGUUAUCCACGGAAAUGAAAUAUUUGUUUGCAAUAAAUAACAUAGACCGGAAGAACGAAUCGUAUACCCAAAAAUCUAAUUUUGAACACAGGGAAAAUAGAGAGAAAACUUAUGAAGAACAAGAACUGGGUGCCGAUGAUUUUGAUGAUACUUAUAAAUUACUCAAUCAAUUAACGUUGGAAGACCUAAAUUCACAUUUUAAAGCCGAUAAUGGUAAAAAAUAAGUUUUUAUCGCGUGUUUUAAUUGAUGCUUUCCUAUCUCCCAACAAUUUGUCGCUUAUAGCAUAAUCAUAAUCUAACGACGCAGCUUGAAAAGGAUGCGAAAUUUCAUAAAUAAAUAAAUCAGUGCAUCUUUACC